GAGACGCGACGACGGCGCGGAAAGGGUGCGGAGAGCAGAGCGGGAGAACAUGGUGGUAAGGAAAGAGAAAUGAAAGCGAAGUUUCUUUAGAGGCCGUUUCUCUCCGAUGAUGGAACUGAAGGUUAGGGUUACGACGUCACUGCCGUUUCGGAACAUCUCUCAUCCCUCUCAUGGCCACGGAUUUCUGGUCCAGCUCACACUACAAUAGAUGGAUCGUGGAUCGGACGACGUUGAGGAAUGCGCGUGCUGACGACGUGCAGUACGUGGACGACCCAGAGUACCUGGAUUUCCUUGCCAUCUAUUUCGCAGAGCUUCUGGCCAAACUAGGCAAGAAACUGAACUUCGUGCAGCGUACGGUGGCGACAGCGACGAUGUUCUUCCGACGAUUCUACCUCAAGAACUCCUACUGCGAGACGGAUCCGUUCAUGGUCGCUGCUGCGUGCUGCUAUGUUGCUGCGAAAGCGGAAGAGUGUCCUGUGCAUAUAAAGACUGUUGUUCACGACGCGAGGCACAUCUUUGCCCAGGAUCCCUAUGGAGUCAAGAACUUUCCGUCCGACAACUCAAAGCUUGCUGAGAUGGAGUUUUAUCUGGUUGAUGACCUGGAGUGCGAUCUCGUCAUCUACCAUCCGUACCGCGCUCUUCUCGCGCUCUGCAAGCCUAUGAACUCCACGGAUCCGGAUAAGGACGACUUUGGGGUCAACCUGGACGACGGGACACGCUACUGGGGCACAGGCGAGGGCCAGCUCGAUCUUCCCAGCAACGGACUGCAAACAGCCUGGUUCAUCAUCAACGACACAUACCGGUCCGAACUCUGUCUCCUGUACCCGCCACAUCUCAUCGCUAUCGCUGCGAUAUACCUCACCUGUGUCUUUCACCCGCCUACGCAGGACUCUGUCGCGGCAUCCAUCGCCGCAGGGGCUACUGCACCUGAAGCCCCACCCCGUCGAUCGUCGCGCCAGUCCGGUGGGGCGGAGCGCAAGAAACCGGCUCCAGACCCUGUCACCUUCCUGGCUGGUCUCAACGUUUCCCUCCCGCUCGUGGCAUCUAUCGCGCAGGAGAUCCUGGGCAUGUAUUCGCUCUGGGAGCGAUAUCUGGAGGGCGGCGCGGCGAGCAGCGUCGCCACGACCCCCGCAUCGCCGGGCGAGGACGAUCCUGUGACGACCAUGGUCACACCGAUGACCAUCACGCUCGUUCUGGCCAAGAUGCGCGAGGCACGGUUCGUGGAUUUGCGAGAGACGCAACUUUCGGAUGUAGUCCCCAGGAACAGGGUGGUUGAGAGAACGCAGGCAGCAGGAUGAUGCCCGUUUGUUCGAAUUUGUUCAUUGUAUCUUAACCCAGUGUAUGAGCAGACAAGGUCGGAGCCCCGCACAAUACGAAUAGCAGCGUCCCCCAUGCGUCUCGCGUCGGGACGAUAACGCGCAACAUUGCCAUGAUGCAGAGUAUCACUAUCCGUGCCUGGGGAAUUCAAUAGCGGCUCACUUAUCGAGUGAUGGUCGCCUUGUGGUCCCGAAUAUCUCUAUUCAAGUUCGCGGGUCUCAAGGAGAGAUUGUGAUUGUACACAUGUUGAUUACUGCAGAUGGCUAUGCGAUGCUGCACCUAUAAAACCCACCCAGAAACCCACUCAUUGGCAGCUCUCACUCACACACCUACACCAUGCAGUUCUCCGUCUCCCGCAUCGCGCUCCUCGUUGUAGCCUUCGCCAUCGGCGCACAGGCCGUCCCAGCCGUUGAGAACCGCCACUGCGGUCGCGCGACCUGCACCAUCGUUGAUGGCGAGGAAGUUUGCAUCCCGUGCUGAUUCGUGAGUGGACCGGUCAGAAGGCAAGCGGCUGGCUGAUGUGCCCUACAGAACCAGCACAUUGCUGGCUUACUCAGCGGACACCAGUAGACUCAUUGAUAACUUUGUGCGAAUCGAACUCACUCAAAUACUGUUGGAGAACAUCGAGUCACGCGUGUGUUAGUUUCCUACAGGUCGUGUGAGAACACUGUCUGUAAGUCU